GAGUGGUAGAUUUAUCUAAGGAAACGGAGAGAGGGAGUGAUCGCCCCCCGUAUCUCUGAGUGACUUCAAUCAAUCAGCCCUCUGCUGGUUGUAAUCUCCGUAUGCUUUGCCGGGAGCAAAUCUCUUAGAUUGAUUACAAUGUCUGCCACAGUCUGAAUCUAUCGAUUGCCGAGCUUGUAAUGCAGUGGCAGUCUGCUGCUGUCUGCAGCUCACCAGAUAAUGCUUGCAUUGUUCAAUGACAAUUUGGAACUUGCAAAAAAGGAGGACUGAUUAGUAUACACAGCGUGGCCACUGGAAACUGCUAAUAUGGCGGCGCUUGACCGGGAGGUAACUGCUCGCGUUGUUCUGCAGCAGUGUUUACGUGCCAAGCUGCAGGUCAAACCUCAGGGUAAAGACUCUGAUGCUGAAUGGGUGGAGAUACAAAGGGGUAUGGUUAUAUAUGUAUGCUUUUUUAAAGGAUCAGACAAAAAUGAUAUCCCUAAAAUAGUGAGCGCUCUCCUGAAUGUGAAACUGAGUGAGUCAGAUACUGGGAAGCAUGUGUCCAUUGCAGAACUCCCAGGAGAUGUCCUUGUUGUCCCUCAGGCUACACUUGGUGGAAAGGCAAAGGGCCGUUGUAUGCAGUACCAUUCAAACGCGGGCAAGGAGCUAGGCAUGGAGUUGUAUGCUCUUUUUAUAGCUCAGUGCCAGCAGGAAUUAGAGUCUCACCCCAAAUGGGCGGAGGCUGGAUCUGCGCUGCGCUAUGGAACUUAUGGAAACAGACAAGUUUUGCAGCUGGACACUAAUGGACCCUACACACACUUACUAGAAUUCUGAGCUCUUCAUAUAAUUCUAAUCACAGGACAAGGACAGCACUUCCUUUAUUUAACACGAGACAGAGGUGAUUAUUGUAAAGGCAAUUAUUAAAUACAUUUCUAAACAGA